GCGCCGACUUCUAAUGUACCCAAUGGCGCACCAAUAGUGCAAGAAGGCCCUCAGCUGAGCAGGAAAAGAUCGCGGGAUGGUACCCAGCUGCCCAUCAGCCGGCCGAAGCCCACGGUGACGGACCAGGAUGGCACUGUCCAUACCUACGAUGAGGUGCUCCUUGAUCGCUAUGUCCAACGUGACCUGCUUUACUGCGCAACGAUGAACGACCAAGAGCAAUGGUCUCGCGACCUCAUCAAGGACAAGGAAAGAGAAAAGGAGUUCUACAUCACCGAAGUCAGGCAAGCGCGUCAACAAAAUCCCGGUUCCGUUUUCGGCUAUGGCUUUAUGGGUUACGGCAACCGCCUUACGGACGGCAAGAGUCAGAUCGUGUACAAUACGCAUCGUGGUCCACCGAAGGGUCGGAGGUCACGCGAACUGUAUUACACCCGGAAAGACGGCGCGCAGCAAGCCGAGCAGCAUGAAGAACUAGUACCAUUACGACUGGACAUCGAGCUGGACAAGCUGCGGCUGCGCGACACAUUUACGUGGAACCUGCACGAGAAGCUCAUCUCGCCAGAGAUGUUUGCGGACUACUUGCUUGAGGACCUGCGCGUACCACCAGAAGCCUUGCCCGAAGUCUCUCGGCAAGUCAGGGUCGAGAUGCAUGACCAAAUACAAAACUUCUACCCCCAUAUUACUGUGGAAGAUGGAGCGCUCGACCCUGGACGGCCCUAUCAUGACCACAAGGACGACGAGAUGCGGAUACAGAUCAAGCUCAACAUCACCAUUGGCCGUAUUACGCUGGUUGAUCAGUUCGAAUGGGAUAUCAACAAUCCACUCAACUCUCCAGAAGAGUUUGCGCGACAUAUGGCGUGGGAGAACGCGCUCUCUGGCGAAUUCAUGACUGCUAUUGCGCACACUAUUCGAGAGCAAAGCCAGCUGUACACGAAGAGCUUGUACCUCACCAACCACUGCUUCGAUGGUCGCAUAGUGGAAGACACCGAGCUCAGAGACAGCUUCCUGCCAAAUCCGAUCCACAGUGCAUUCCGACCGCAGCAGACGCAGAAGGACUGGACGCCGUAUAUGUACGAGAUGAGUGAGGCCGAGUUCGAGCGGACCGAGACCAGCAUGAUGCGCGAGCAUAGAGCACAAAAACGGCAACUCAACCGGAGAGGCGGCCCAGCGCUUCCGGAUCUGAAGGACCGACAACGGACGGUGAGGUCAUUGAUCGUUCACACUGUCAUACCUGGCUCCGUGGAGACUUUCGAGACGACUGGCAUACCAAAGGCACGGCGUAGUGGUAAGGGCGCCCGGCGAGCCGGCGCUCGUGGCGACGUAGAUGUGGACUCCGAGGAGCUCGAGAGCGAAGACUCAGGACCAGAGUCGCCUGCGCCGUCCGCUAUCAAUCCAGGCACCACACGAACGCGCGGAAUGCGUGGAGCUGCCACUGCUGCGCAAGCCGCCAUGCGGGCUGGCUACGGCGCACGUUCUUCCACCCCUGACUCGCAAAUUCUGGCACCACAAGAACCUCGCACAGCGCGGCGUAGCAUGCUACGCGACGAGAGCGUUCUGGAGGACGAAGACCAACUCAUCGUCAAGCUCAAGAUCGGCAAAGCCAGGUACCGCGCAUGGUGGGAAGACUACCAGGCCAAGAAGCGCGCGAAAGAGUAUCCCCUUUCUGGGUACGCUUCCCAACCGCCUCCUCCCAACAUCAGUCUCCGAGUGGCAACACCUAACCGUGGCGCCGCGAACACCACAAACACACCCCGCUCUCCCCCACCCCCACCCUGGCUGCACACAGCCACCCAAACCCUCCGCGAUCGGCAUCCCGAAUCCGACUUCGAGCCCCUCAUGCGCCCCUACACCGUCAACAUCUCCGACAACACCACCGUAAAAUCCCAGCUCGACCCGGGAGCCUCCGCGCCCGCGGGGGUCAAAAUCCACUACAUGCCGCGGAUACGGUGUAAUGAUUGUCCCGGGAAGCUAUACACGGCCGAACCGGGCAAGGUGGUGGAUGCGUUUGAGGUGCACUUACGCAAUCGGAAUCAUAGGAACAAUGUACUGGAGAGGCAGGAACGGCAG